AUGGGCCAUCACUCAGGUACCGCGGAAGCCACCGCCGACAUGGACGUGUCCCAGGUCCCCGGCACCGUGCACCUGGUCGAUCUGGAGCAGACGGCGGCCACGCGGCACGCGAGCGGCGGCGGCAGCAGCCGCGACAUCAUCCUGGUGCCGACGCCGUCGGCGGAUCCCAACGACCCCCUCAACUGGUCGCCCGGCCGGAAGCGGCUCCAUCUCGUGUGUCUCAUGAUUGGCAUGUCCCUCUCCGCCGUGUACUCGGUCUUGGUGCCUCUGUCGGGCGCUCUCGGCGUCACUGGUAUGUUGCACACUGGCACGUUUCGCUUCAAAAAGUCCAUCUUUACCGACAACACCGCAAUAGUCGCCGAUCUCAACGCCGGCACCGGCUACAUGUUUCUGCUGCUGGGGUGGUCGCUGCUGUUCUGGCAGCCCUUUGCGCUGCAAUACGGCAAGCGCUUCGUCUACAUCAUCUCCAUGCUCGGCAUGGUGGCCGUCUCGUUCUGGAGCCCGCACGCGCGCGGCGGCGGCCAGUGGAUCGCGCGCAACAUCGUCAUGGGCUUCCUCGCGUCCCCCAUCGAGUCGCUGCCCGAGACGUCCAUCACCGACAUCUACUUUGCGCACGAGCGCGGCACGUACAUGGGCUGGUACGCGCUCAUGCUCGCCGGCUCCAACUACCUCGCGCCCGUGCUGUGCGGCUUCAUCAGCGACGGCCUCGGCUUCCGCUGGCCGUUUUACGUCAUGGGCGUCCUGUGCGCCGCCAGCGCCGUCUUCCUGCUGCUCUUCCUCGAGGAGACCAACUACGCCCGCGCCAGCGUCGGCGUCGUCUACGCCGCGCCCGCCAAGGACGACGACGGCGGCGGCGGCGGCGUGGCCCCGUACGCGGAUACUGUGAGCGCCGCCGAGACAGACGCCGCUUCCUCCGCCCAGUACCCCCCCGUCAAGACCUGGGCGCAGAAGCUGCCGCUCUUUCGCACCGGCGAGCCGCAGCCGUUCAUCAUGCACUGGCGCGCGUGGCAGAGCCUGCGGUACCUCUCGUGGCCGACCGUCUUCUACGCCGGCUUCGCGUACGGCACCUACCUCAUCUGGUUCAACAUCUUCAACGCCACCGCGUCCAUCAUCCUCGGCGGCGCGCCGUACCAUUUCCGCCCCAGCAUCGUCGGCCUCUCGUACCUCUCGUGCCUCGUCGGCGUCGUGCUCGGCGCCACCUACACCGGCCUCUUCUCCGACUGGUUCGUCAUCCGCAUGGCCCGCCGCAACCGCGGCGUCUACGAGCCCGAGCAGCGCCUGUGGCUGUUUACCGCCUCCGCCAUUCUCACCCCCGUUGGUCUAAUCCUCUGGGGUGUCGGGGCCGCGCACGGUAUUCACUGGUUCGGGCUCAUCGUCGCCAUGGCCAUUCUCUCCUUUUGCAGCUGCGUCGGCAUCACCCUCUCCAUUGCGUACCUCGUCGACUCGUUUCGCGAAAUCUCGGGCGACGCCCUCGUCACCAUGAUCCUCGUCCGCAACACCAUGAGCUUUGCCAUUUCCUACGCCAUCACGCCCUGGCUCGACGGCCUCGGCCUGCAAAACUGCUUCAUCAGUGUCGCUUUUGUCGCCCUUGCCAUCUGUAGCAUAUAUCUGCCCGUCAUCAAGUACGGCAAACCGCUGCGGGCGGCCAAGCGGGAGCUGUACUGGGAAGAGGUCAAGAUGCGCAUCGCCUCCAAUGCGUAUUAG